AUGCUCGGCCUACUACUCAUGCGACUCCUCACGCCACCCGCCUUUGACCUCCCCGCCGUGCCCUCCCUCACCUGGUCCGUAACCACCUACACGCCCACCGCCUCCCCGCACCACCAAACAUUCACCGCCUGGGACUUCACGCUCCCCACCCUCCCCCUCCCACUUCUCCUCCUCCUCCUCGCCCUCCUCUUCUACGCCCUACACCGCCACGAGGACCGCCAGCGCCGCGCAACCUACGAGGGCAUCUUCCUGAACCCGAGCGUACCGAACGCAAAGGUCCACAUCGCCACCACCACCACUGCUGCUAGAGACGAGGGCGCCCCACCCAAGCAGGAGACUCUAGAUCCCGCGCCGGGCCCGAGACAAUGGCACAUUGAUGACAACUACACCCGACGCCCGCCGUCCUCUUUCGUAGCCCCUACUCCGCUGCGCCAAUCACAGCCACAGCCACACACACUGCCGCAGCCUCCAAUUCAUUCCCCGACCCAGAUCAGGCCCGUGCAGUGGUCAUACGGCACGAGCUAUGUGCAGACCUACACCCGACCCGCGGCGGCGGCCACCCGCAGUGUGGUGCCGCCAGCCUCCCCACUCAUCCGCGCACCGCCCCAACUCCCGACUCCCCGCCCACAACUUCUACUGCCGGCCCCGCAGCACUCAUCUCUACCGGUGCCGAUGCCGAUGCCAAUGCCCGCAACGAACAUACGUAACCACGCCCUGCCCCCGCCCGUACACCGCGCCCUGAUACCAACCCCGCGCAGCCCGUACAGCCACCCCACCCAUGCCACACCCCCAACUCAGCCAAUUACAAACACCGCCCGCACGGUCUCCACCAGCAACGUUAACCACACCUACCGCCCCCUCCACCCGCGCCCGCGGCCUGCCUACCCUCCACCGCUCUACCGCGCCGCCACGCCCUCGGUCCGCCAGCUCGGCCGCUCCGCAAUCACAAAGCUGCCACCACUAACCAUCCACAAACCACGCACGAGCCUCUACCCGCGCCGCGACCCUUCCCCCAUCGAUGAGGACGACAACGUUAAAGAAGAAAGUGACACAGACGCAAUGGAUAUUGACCUCCCCACACCGCCGUCCACACCACCUCCACCUCCAGAAACAGCGGUCACUCCGACAGCACCGUCUCCAGGAAGCACCUGCCGUCUGCGGCCCCGCCGCCACAGAGCACUGUCACGCCAGCGGGGACCUAAGAAGGAGGCUGUGCGCCGAGUGCGCGGUGGGCGGGUAGUGAAGAGUAGGGAUGGUGCGGGCAGGAACUGGGUGCGUGGCUUUGUGGCCGCGCCGGUCCGGUCACGGAGAGGAGGCAGGGCUAGGGGGGGAGGAACAGGGUGCAGAAGGAGGGCGGGCAGAGGAGGGGACAAGUGA